CAUAUAAUCUUUAACAGUCUUUGCAAGGUAUGUGUUUUACCUGGAGUUAGAGAGGAUGGAACUCUGGUCACCAGAAUUGUGGGGCCCCAACGUGUAAAUCAGGAAUGCCGAAAGUGUAACCCUUGAGCUGCUGUUUUGCUCCCAUGAUGCUCUGACAGCCUUUGAAUGGUGCUGCAAGUUAUGACACAAGCUUCAGGCAGUAACAUGAGACUCUCUAGCCGCUCCUCUCUGUGAUGCAAGGCGAUCUCUUCACUCCUCUCUAUGGUUAUCCCUUUGCUUCCUGGUCUUCGGCUCAUACACACAUUUGCAGUAAUGGCAGAUGCAGAAUCACAAAAUGGCGAGAACCAUCUACCACACAAGAUUUACCUUGACUACAAUGCUACUACGCCUCCUGCCACAGAAGUGGUUAAAGCUGUGGAAGAAGCUUUGCGAGAAGCCUGGGGCAACCCAAGCAGCAGCUACACUGCAGGUUGCAAAGCCAAGGAGCUGAUAGACACAGCAAGGGCUCAUGUUGCCAAGAUGGUGGGAGGAAAACCUGAAGAUAUUAUUUUUACCUCUGGGGGCACAGAGGCUAACAAUAUGGUGCUUUUCUCUACUGUGGAGAAUUUUAACAGUACAUCUAAAGAAAGGCAGAAUAACAGGGUAGCCUUGGCAUUGCCACACAUCAUUACAUCAAAUGUAGAGCAUGACUCUGUGGCUCUGCCACUCCUACACCUACAAAAGACACAUAGAGCUGAAAUUACAUUUGUCCCAGUCUCUACUGUCACGGGCCGUAUAGAGGUUGAAGAUAUAAUUUCUGCUGUACGUCCCAAUACGUGUCUGGUGUCCAUCAUGUUGGCAAACAAUGAAACUGGAGUCAUUAUGCCUGUGGGUGAGCUGUCCCAGUGCCUGGCUUCCAUGUCAAAAGAGCGAUCUGCACAAGGGCUACCCAAGAUCCUACUGCACACCGAUGCUGCCCAAGCCUUGGGAAAGGUGGAAGUGGAUGUGCAAGAACUGGGAGUGAAUUAUCUCACUAUUGUUGGACACAAGUUUUACGGGCCACGUAUUGGAGCCCUGUAUGUUAGAGGCCUUGGGCAGCAUUCUUCUUUGCUUCCCAUGCUUUACGGAGGAGGACAGGAGCGCAACUUCCGCCCAGGAACAGAGAACACACCAAUGAUAGCUGGGCUUGGAAAGGCUGCAGAGCUUGUGUUCUUACAUUGUGCUGUUUAUGAGGCUCACAUGAGACGCAUACGGGAUUAUCUGGAGGAAAGACUGGAGGCUGUGUUUGAAGACCGAAUCCGAUUAAACUCUAGGUUCCCUGGAGCCGAACGCCUUCCCAACACCUGCAACGUGUCACUUCUGAAACCUGCUAUGCUUGGGCACGAGUGGCUCUCUCACUGUCAGUACCUUCAGGCUAGCAUUGGAGCAGCGUGUCAUUCAGACCGGGGGGACAGACCAUCACCUGUGCUGCUGAACAGUGGAGUGCCACAAGAGGCUGCGACAUCUGCAGUUCGUCUUAGUGUGGGCCGAGAAACAUCUCAGGAUGAUGUGGAUUUGAUCGUCAGAGACCUGGAACAAGCAGCCCAGCUACUUGGAGUGAAUAAAAAAAGCCUAAAAAAGCUGCCUUGAUCUUGAGACGAGCCGGACCAUUGCUGUUAGCAUUCUCAGGGAUAAAUACCUACCCAGUUAAGGUGCUAAAGAACAAAGCAAAUACAAAAUACAAGCUAGUUUUUUGAACAAUGUUUCUCUGUACUGGUAGAGUGUGGAGAAAAUCGCCUCUAAUUUUUAUUGCUUCUAUUUAUUGCUACUUGAACUGGCUUCAGUUGUUUAAAACGUACACUAGGAAAUAUUUUAUAAUUUUGCACUUUAUUCAACUGGAUUGUUCUAGUCUUAAUGCACUUGUGUAUGUAAUUCAGUUUUAUUUGUACCUUAAAUACAGGAGUGAGACCUAUUAUUCAGGAUACUUGGGAGCUGGGGUUUCCCAGAUAAGGUGUUUUUCGGUAAUUUGGAUCUCCAUACCUUAACGGGGGAAUGUAAUAUAUGUCACUUACGGAAAAAAACGGUUGCAGUGAGACAAAAUUUUAGCUUUGCCACAAAUUUGACAUUUGGCCAACAGAAAAAUACUGUUUGCAAACCCUUUGCAUGUCCUGUGACAGUAGGUUUGCUAUUGUGAUUUUUUUUGUUUGCAGGAGUGCGCAGUGUAUGUAAUAAAACUUCUUAACUUAUUUUCAAAUUAAGAUUUACGCCAUCUUCAGGUGUUAAACAUUCGCAAUGUAAUAAAAGUUUAGUGAGCGUUAUUACAUUGCGAGCAGCGCUAAACAAUUGCAAAAAUGCCAUUUUACGCAUGGCUUGCAGUUUUUAUUACAAUCCCCCUUAAGCCUACUAAAAAUCAUUUAAACGUUAAACAAACCCAAUAGGACUGUUUUGCCUUCAAUAAGGAUUAAUUAUAGCUUAAUUAUCAUUAAGUACAAGGUACUGUUUAAUUAUUACAGAGAAAAGGGACUUUUUUGUAAAAAUGAUUAUUUAAUUAAAAUAGGCUCUAUGGUUGAUAGCCUACCCAUAAUUUGGAGCUUUCUAGAUAGCGGGUUUUUCAAUAGAAUUUACAUUAAAAGUGAUCUAAACUCCAAAAAUAAAUUGAUGUAAACCUUACUGUGCUACGUGCAGGCCUUUUGCAAAUCACAUUAAUUUUCUAUUUUUGGUGGUUUCUGAGACAUUGCCAUUUUAGCUGCUAAUACCAGGCUAUUAGCUCAGCAGAGUCAGCAGCCAUAGGGUUACACUAACACUGAAACAUUCCUUUAAUUCAUAUCUUAUUAACUUAUUCUGCAGGCCUCUCUUAUUUAAAGCAAUUCAAUGGAAAAUAUAACACAAACCUUACUAUAUAUAUAUUUAGACCCACUCCUAGCCAUAGCUCUCCACCCCCAGCAGCCACUGCAAAGGAUACUGAUUGAGUUUUGAGCACUCUGUCACCACGUGCAUUAUUUACACUGAAGCUGUGUAUACCCAUCGCCCAACCACACCGUAUUUAAAUUUUUCUUUAACAGUCAGACAAUAAACGGUAACAGACACUGCAGGUUUCCUUAAUGAUUAAUGGUUUUCUGAAGAAUAUUGAUUUCCUUGUAACUAUGGACAGCAUCCUCUGCACGCCAGCACCGCUAACCUUUCCGCGCAGGAUUCUACUCAGUAAUCAACAAUCUUUUUUUCAUAUGUGUUUUUACAGAAAUAUUAAGGUAAUGAAAAGUAAAUAUUUAAAAUACUUUCCCCAUUAAAUAUUGUAGUAAAGCAAAAUGCCAUUAUUGUAAAGGUAAAACCCAUGCUUUUAGGAACAGUUGUGUUCAUUUUAAAUCUUUAAUUUGGCAACACAUUUUCGUAUGUUUAAUCCAUUGUACCUAUUAUUGUAGUAGUUUCUGAAUAAUUUACCUUUUUGUUCUGCCUCUCCCCACCCAGCGUUUCAGUUCCUAUUGAGUUGCUUGGACAAAGAGAGUAGCAGUAAAAAGCCAAUAGAUAAUGUCCUUUAUCUUCUUUUUUUUCUAUUCCUUCCCAUUCAAAUCUAAUUUAAUUUAAAUUGUGUAAAUAAUUUAAAAACCCAAUAAAUAAAAAAUAAAGACCAACUUCAAAGUCACGGUAUGUGUUUUUCUUUAAAAUGGGUUGCAGACUAAAUGCACCUGAUACAUUACUGUAUUUAACUCUACUCUAUUUAAUACUUUGCCACUACCCACAGCUGAGUUGAAGUGCUAGCUUGGACUGGGAGUUGCGGUUUAUCCACUCAAUAUCCCCUCAAAUGAGGUUUAUUAUUGGCUGUUGACUGUUUAUUAUGAAAAAAACAUGUUUGGAACAGAGAAUUUAUUUUAGGCUUCUUUACCCUUGUGGGGAAACUAUUGUGAAAAUGAAAAUGUAAUAUUAUAAUAAGUUUCUUCUCAUAAUAUAUUAAAGUUUCUCUACAGAAUCCCUCAA